AUGCCUGAGAUUGCUGAAGUCGCUCGCAUCGUCCAUUUCCUGCGGCUGAGGCUCGUCGGGAAGCGGAUCGCGAGUGCUACGGCCAUUGAUGAUGCCAAUGUUUUUGGGAAAGCUGGUACUACGAGCGCCGAUGUAGAGAAGGCCCUGGAGGGCAGGACGGUUGUGUCGGCAGGGAACCAAGGGAAGUAUUUCUGGAUAACGCUCGACAAGCCACCGCAUGUGGUAAUGCAUUUUGGAAUGACAGGUGAGAUUACUUCUUCCAGGAAACCACCUGUAAACGAUGCUGGUGUUGACCGGCAUGUGCCAGGAUGGGUUCAUAUACGGGGCGACAAAACAGCCUACACAAACUACUACAAGAAGAUGAAGGAGUCGGAGUUAGAUCAGUGGCCACCGCGGUUCUGGAAGUUCCAAGUUGUCACCGAGGGCGUGCCAGAGACAGAAAUCGCCUUCACCGAUCCGCGGCGGUUCGGCCGUGUGCGACUGGUUCAUUGCCCCGGGGAGUCCAUACGGCAAUACUCUCCGCUUGUGGAGAAUGGACCUGACCCCGUGGUUGACACCGACUCCUUCACCAUAGAGUACAUGCGGGGCAAGAUGAGGGCCCGGCGCGUCCCCAUCAAGGCCCUCUUGUUGGACCAGACCGUGAUCAGCGGUAUCGGAAACUGGGUGGCGGACGAGACGCUGUACCAUGCCAAGCUCCACCCAGAACAGUACUGCGACGAGUUUGACGAUGAGGCCAUCACCAAGCUUUUCGAGUCGAUACGCUACGUGUGCCAGACAGCGGUGGACAAGCUGGGCGACUCUGAUGAGUUCCCGGAGCAUUGGCUCUUCAACCACCGGUGGGACAAGGCCAGGAAGGGCAACUCGUCAAAGCUUCCCAACGGGGAGAAGCUGGCCUUUAUCACUGUCGGAGGGCGCACGAGCUGCUAUGCCCCCGCAGUACAGAAGAAGAGUAGCGGGAUCGCUGCGAGGGUGAAGACGACUGAGAAUGCCGAUUCAGACGACAGCAGCAGCAAGACACACAAAAGAAAGAAGACUAGUAGUUCCAGGGUGAAGAAGGAGGAGUCGGACGAUGACGAUACGGGAGGCGAUGCAAAGAAGAUGAGAAAGCAGUCAGAGAUGAAGUCAUCCAAGGCAAAGUUGGAGGACGAAAAGGGCACAACGCCGCGCAGAAGAUCUGGACGGCUGCAGAAAUGA